GAUGCAUAGUUUAAUAAUAACAUUAAUUAGCAUGAAUAAGAACUUGGAACUUGGGCUUAUUGCUUCAGUCCAAGCUGCUUGGUGUCACCAUUGAAGAAGGAAAAAAACGCUGAACUGAGACGCAUUAAAGAAGAUGAAAACGAAGUGUGUGUGGGGUCCCUUUCGUGGCUAUUUUUCAACGUUAAGAGUAAAAUAUUCAUUUAACAAAAGCCUAUUAUGGCAAUUUCGUAAAUAUCACCUCAUCGAUUAAUUAAGGCUUUUGUCUUGAUCCUGACAUGAUUACACGAGCAAACAUUCCUAAUCUGAGAAGCAUUAAUUAAACUGAUGAUUAUUAACACAAGCAACUUUACAGUAAGUAAUCAAGCCCCAUCGCAUUAUCGGGUCGUGUCGGGUGGGAAAAAAAAAACAGCAAACCAAAUGCUUACGUGUCAAGGAAUGAUUGGUAAACAAACUUUUCUUCUCGAUUCUUUGCUCUCAUUCUCUCCUCUUCUUCCAUUUUUGAUUCGCUUCGUCUUCGAUCAGAAAAAGCUCCCUCCUUUUAUUUUUCUGAAGUCAAAAGGGUUCUCUCGUCACAGUUCCAAGUCCUUCUCUGUGGUCUUACUUUCUUCUCUCGUGAACACCGUAAGCGUGGAUCGCUAGAUGAUUCUAAAAAAAGUUUCAUUAGCUGUAAAAAUCGGUUCAAUGUCGGUUCCACCUCGAUUCCGGUCUACCGAUUCCGGCGAAAGAGACUUCAGAUCGGUUCUCGGUCCGACCGGGAACAAGCUUCAGAGGAAACUACCGGGGAUGAAGCUGGAGAAUAAGAAGAAGACCACCACCACCAUCGAGUCAAAAGACGAGAAAACGAAGAAGAAGCCAGAUCCUCCUGCUUCACCAACGACGACUCUGAAGCAAUGCUCGUCUCUUUGCUCUUCUCUUCUGAGAAAGAACAGUGCCUCCAUGACUGCUUCUUACUCCUCUGACGCCUCCUCGUCUUGCGAGUCGUCGCAUUUGAGCGUGGCGUCUUCUUCCAGCUGUAAGAAGGCUGUGAGGCGAAGCGGGUCUGUCUCCUCCGUUGGUGCGUGUGCGAGAAGGAAGCAGGUUGAUGAGAAAGAUGAUAAAGUUGGUGCCAGUGGUGGUAGUAACGGUGAUUGCUUCGCUGAUGGUCGGAGAAGAUGUGCCUGGAUCACGCCUAAAGCUGACUCGAGUUAUGUUGCGUUCCACGACGAAGAAUGGGGAGUUCCUGUUCAUGACGACAAGAAGCUUUUCGAGUUAUUAUCUCUUUCUGGUGCUCUAUCCGAACUCUCUUGGACUGAUAUUCUCUCCAGAAGGCAAUUACUCAGGGAAGUUUUCAUGGACUUCGAUCCAGUUGCUGUUUCUGAACUGAACGAGAAGAAGGUAAUCUCUGCCAUUUCAUUACUGUCAGAGGUCAAGCUAAGGUCAAUCCUCGAUAACGCACGCCAAGUGCGCAAGAUUAUAGCUGAGUAUGGAUCGUUUAAGAAGUACAUGUGGAACUUUGUGAGCAACAAGCCUACACAGAGCCAGUUCAGGUAUCAAAGACAAGUCCCCGUGAAGACAUCGAAAGCUGAGUUUAUUAGCAAGGAUCUUGUACGUAGAGGCUUCCGCAGCGUGAGUCCAACGGUUAUUUACUCCUUCAUGCAAGCAGGUGGUCUUACAAACGACCAUCUCAUAGGCUGCUUCAGAUACCAAGACUGUUGCGUAGAUGCAGAGACAACAACCAAGGCCAAGAAGACAGAACGCGAGUGAUAAAAUAAAUUCUAAGUGCAAUUCUGAAAGCUAAUUGUCCUUGUUUUAGUAACCAUGUUUUUGCUUGCAAAGAUUAUUUGACACGACGAGUUUUUGCUACCGUAACGUGAAGUGUUCUUGUGUUAGCAUUGUAUAGAUGUUUUUGGUUAUUGGUUUUAUGCAUAGUAGAAUGUUGCGAGGA